AUGGUGAUUUCUCUAAAACCACCUUCUCUUCCUCGAAGAACGAGAGAGUCUUCUCUCUUCCUCAACCGGUUCGUCACUCGUCCAGCGGUUUUCUCUCCGGUUAAUUUAAACCGGAAGUCUCGUCCUUCUUUGGGUUUCCGCUCGCGAACCAUUGUUCGGUCGGUUCUGGCGACGGCGAAUCCGGAGCCUCCGGUGAGAUUGGUUGCUCUCGUAGGGAAAGGAGAAGUAAGCCCACUCAAAUCCACCUCUUGGGUCGAAGUUAUGCUCCACACUGCAACAAGACUGAAAUGGGUUGAUGAAGGAUACGAAAUGCUCGUCUUUGAUGAUGAAAUUUUAUGUUCAAAUGGUCAGAGAGUUACGAAUCUGAAACAAGAACUGAAUCAGACUGAUAUCUUGGUUGUAGUUGCUAUUAGUAAUCCAGAAUCUGUGAAUUGGAUUCAGAGAAAUAGUAAAAGCAUCAAGAACAUUAUUUGCUUUGAGUCUUCUCCUGAUUUGAUGAAUAGGCUUGGAGGGGUUGAUUUUGGAAUUGGGAAGAAAGAUAAAGAAGCAAUUGAGGUUGUGAAGACAGUUGGAGAUGCUUGGGAACGUCGUAACUCUGAUGAUAUAAGGUUUUGUUUGCUUGUGAUCAUCAAUGCUUACAUUAGACCAGUUCCUGUGUUGCAAAACUUGAGGUCGAAAGGGUUUUCGACACUUGGUUGUAUGGUGAAGAACUGUGGACCUCAGAUUUUGAACUGUCUCUUGGAUCCGAAUUGUCGAAAAGCUCUUCAGUGUUUGAACCAAUGUAGUCCUGUGGAUCAGGUGUGUAGUUACAGAUGCAUUGCUUCUUAUGAGAGUCCACACUUUGAAGCGUUCUCUCUUUGUGUACUACAGAAACACAAUUGUCUUGAACUGGAUGCAAAGAUUCCUGAGAAGCCUUAUGUUCCUCCCAUGACGAGUUUCCGAGGGAAGGAGUUAUGUCAUGAGAUGGCAGAAGAUUUGUUUGUUGGAUGGUUAGGGGACUUGGAUUGGAGUUGGCGUGUUGUGGCAGGACAAAACCCAGCUUAUGAUCAGUUUCCAUGUCAGUACCAGCUUUUCUACAGAGGUAAAGGGAAGUCAUCGUUUUGGUAUGAACCUGUGUUUCAGGUGAGGACGCUUGAAGGAAAGUUGGUGUGGAGAAGGAGAAGAUACUCGGUUAAGAGAGGAAAGAUUCCUGCAACGUUCCGAUUCAGUGUAUUGGACAAUGGUGUAGUGUCAAACGAGUUUUGGACUAUUGUAGAUGUCUCUGAUGAUUUAAGUUGGGGACUGUUUCAUUACAAUGGAGCGGCUCGUGUUGCGGGACAGUCUUACACGGGGGCUGUGCUUGUGACACCAGAUGGUUCGUACCCAGUAGAGAUGGAGAGGGAGAGAUUGCAAUCUGCAUUGGAGAAAUGUGGGAUUAAGGAGUGGGAACUCUUUGCUGUUGAUAACUGUUCUUGCGAAAAUCCGCCGUUGGGGAUUCCACAAGGUUCUAGACUACAUUCACCAUCAUGGAACCAGAUGCGGUUCAUCGCAUAG